AUGCGCAGCUCAGGCCCCACCUGGAGCCGCCCCGCCGCCCUCGCGUGCGGCAGCUCCGGGGCGCUCGCCGCGCCGCCCGCGGCGCGCCCCUCGGCGGCCGCGGCGGCCGCGGCCGCGGCCGCGGAGCUCUUCGGGCACUGGGCGGACUUCCUGCGGCCGAGGAAGUUCUCCGUGAGGCUGGACGUGAAGAUGAAGAGGGGCGCUGCGCCGUACCCGAGGAACCCGAACCGCAAGAAGCCGAUCCCCAAGGUGAAGGGGAUCGUCCGGAAGCUGCUAGAUGACUGGGCCGAGUGGAUGCGCAGGCUGGCGCUCGAGCUGCUGCGCGAGAGCCCCUCUGCUGCGCUCAGGGCCUGCUUCCCUCUGGCGCAGGUCUACUACCCGCUGCAGCGAGAGCUGCUCCAUGUCUCCUUCCUCGCCUGCUGGCUGCACCUCCAGGACGCGUACCCAGACCUGCUGGCGCGCUCCCUGGAGACCGCGCUGCACUCCCCGAACCUGCCGCCGGACAUCCUGCAGGCGCUGCUGAACCUCGCGGAGUUCAUGGACAGGAGCGGCCUCCCGCUACCCAUCGACGCGAGGACGCUGGGCGGACUGUCGGAGAAGUGCCACGCCUACGCCAAGGCGCCGGAGCGGGGAGCCGUUGAGGACACGGCCGGACGAUCGAAAUCGGCGGGCACGGAGAGCAGGGUGUGGGGGUGGGGAUGGCAGGGGACUGGGCCAGACGAGGGCAACUGGCGCCAGAGCUGCAGAGCUGGGGUCUGCGACGGGGCCGAGCGAGACAAGUCGACGGGAGCGUGGGUAGCUGUGGAGAGGGCCGAGCGAAGGGAAGUGGCGGGAGCGGAAGGCAAGGACCAGGUCCAGGGAACGUCGGGGACGUGGCUGCGCGAAGGCUGGGGGCAGCAGCAGGGCCGGGGCCCCGGGGGGGGCCCUUGGCGAUGCCAGCGGGCCCUUGCCGCGGGCACGUCCACAGCCACGGCGGACGGCGGAGAUUGCGAGUUCGGCCUGGUUGGCACCGCGGCGCUGACGCACGACGCGCCUCUUACGGGGCCCACGCUGCUCGUCGCGCAAUUCCAGGAGUCGCCCGACGCCGUGGACAGCGGAGCCGCCCCCGAAGCGAGGUCUGGGCAGCAGAUGGUGCAGGAUGCCUCUGCCGAGAGCGUCUGCGAGCAGGAGUUCUGGAGCCGGAUCCAGGAGGCGCACGCGGCCAAGCAGGCGGAGCAGUGGCGUGCUGUGCAGGCGCGCGUCAUGGCAGAGGAGUUGAGGCUGCAAGAGGUGCGCCUCCGCGUGGAGAGGAGGGCCAAGAGGGAACGCGCCGCCGCGUUCCUGCGGGAGCAGGGCUUCGCCGGGCUCAACGCGCGGAGGCGUCGCAGGUUCCCCUUCUGCGGCCGCUUCACCUACGCGCUCCACGCCGCCGUGCGGUUGAACGACGCUUCCGUAGUCGAGGUGCUCGUGCAGGCAGGAGCAGACAGCGAUCUUGAGGAUUCCGACAAGCUCACGCCGCUGGCGCUGGCCUUCAAGCUCAACAGGUGUGGGUCCCACGACCGUCUGAUCAUUCUCUCAGCCGACAGCGUCGCCAGCGCGCCUCCUCCGCCUCCACCUCCUGCUCCUCUACCCCCUCCUCCUCCUCCCCCUCCUCCUCCUCCCGCUGAUUGUGGUGAGUGCUCUGGUGGAGCCCUCCCUGCCGCGUGCAGUCACUGCACCGGGGUCGCGCUCGUGGGCGUGGUCUGCGACUGCGACUGCGGCGAUGCUGCUUGA